AACCUUAACAUAAAUCACACCAACAUUCUACGUACGAUCUCAUUAUCUUUUCCAUUCUCCGAAACCAAAUCGAAAUGGCUAGCGAUCAAGUGAGACCUUUUGUAUGUCAUUUGUUAGUGUCACUCCUGUUGGUCUUGAACUUUUGUAUGUAUGCCAUUCUUCUAGGCAUCGGUGGUUGGGCAAUGAAUCAAGCCAUUGACCAUGGUUUUAUCCUCGGUCCAGAGCAUGAGUUGCCGGCUCAUUUUUCACCAAUUUAUUUCCCAAUGGGAAAUUGGGCCACAAGAUUCUUUGUGACUUUUACAUUGAUCGUGGGUGUUGUUGGUAUUGCGUCGAUUUUAGUUGGAUUCGAUUAUUAUCGAGCUUUAGAGUCCCCUAGCAAGUAUGCAGCACUAUCCGCUGAAUUCUGAAUAUCAUCCGCUUUAAUUGCAUGGACUCUUACUAUCCUUGCCAUGGGAUUUGCAUGGAAGGAAAUCGAGCUUGAAGGAAGAAAUGUUCGCUUGAGAACCAUGGAGGCAUUCACAAUUAUUCUAUCGGUAACUCAACUCGUAUACGUAGCGGCCCUUUAUGGAAUCGAUGCGGUGACUUCGCGAGAUAAUCGGUCGUGUCUAUAG